AUGAAGUUCCAGAACACCGUUGCCGCAUUGGCGACGGCUGGCCUAGCCACUGCUCAUGGCCACGGUCACGGCCACGCCCACAAGCGCGCUACUGAGACCGAGAUCGUUUCCGUCCCCGGCCCAGUUGUGUAUGAUUUUGUUGUGUUGGAUCCCGCCAAGGCCGGUGGUCCUCAGUCCAUCACCAUCGAGGAAGCCUGCAAGGGUCUUGCAAACAAUGAGCUGGAGUGGCUCGGCUCUGCUGUUGCUGCUGCUUGCGAAAAUAUCAGCACGACCACCGUCAAGCCCACCUCGACUUCCACUUCCGCCCCAACAACAACCGCUACCGUUGCCCCUGCCAUCCUUCAAGAGACCUCGGCUGUUAUCAACCCCCCCAGCUCGACAAGCACAGCCGAGCCCACCACUACCAAAGCCGCUGCUCCUACUCACAGCUCUUCCAGCUCGAGCUCUGGUGCCAAGGGCCUGACCGCCGACUUCCCCGAUGGAGAGAUCGACUGUGGUGACUUCCCUUCGGAUUACGGUGCUGUUGCCCUCGACUACCUUGGUCUUGGUGGUUAUUCCGGUAUCCAGUACGUCACUCUCUUGGAUGACGCCAUCAGCGAUAUUGUGACCGCCGUUACUGGUGAUGAGUGCCACCACGGUGCCAUGUGCUCCUACGCUUGCCCACCUGGAUACCAAAAGUCUCAGUGGCCCACUGUCCAGGGGUCUACCGGCCAGUCCGUUGGUGGUCUUGAGUGCAAGCUCAAUAACAAGCUCUACCUCACCAACAAGAAGCACAAGCAGCUUUGCAUCCCUGGCGUUGGUGGUGUUCACGUCAAGAACAAGAUGAGCCACGACGUUGCCGUUUGCCGUACUGAUUACCCUGGUACCGAGUCUGAGACCGUCCCUCUCUCUGCUUCCCCUGGCACUGUUCACGAUCUGACUUGCCCCAACGGCGAUGACUACUUCUUCUGGGAGGGCAAGGUCACCUCCGCUCAGUACUACGUCAACCCCAAGGGUGUGUCCACCGAGAAGGCUUGCCAGUGGGGUGAUGGCACCGAGCCCAUCGGUAACUGGGCUCCCAUCAACCUCGGUGUCGGUUACACCAAGAAUGGAAAGUUCCUGUCCAUCUUCCCCAACACCCCGACCACCAACAAGCCCCUCGACUUCAACGUUAAGCUUGAGGGUGACAACCUCAGCGAUGAGUGCCGUUACGAGGAUGGCAAGUUCUACGACUCCAAGGGUCCCAUCAGCGGCAACAGCGGCUGCACAGUUGGUGUCACCUCCGGCAAGGCCUACUACGUCUUCUACGACUAA